UUUCAAUCUAGGCGUGUUUCCUGCGCCCGAAGAGAAUCCAGCCCUGCCUGCAUCUUACUAGGGUGGAAUUGGAAGAAAGAUUUUACUCGUACAAUUUUCACAUAUGAUUUUUAUAUAAUCGCCGUAGGUAAACAUCGGUUUUCCUCAGUUUAUUAUAUAUCGUUAUAACGAGAACAAGGGACGGAUAAUCCUCUCGGGGUAAACGCUUUUAUAGCCAGCCUAAUCAAUGACAUAAAUGUCAGUCGGUCAAGGUCCAAGCUCCAGAUGUGCUUUUAACAUUUAACGUUACACAUCUACUUCAGCUUUCUCGUUUAUAAUUUGUGCAUAUUUUGGACGUAAGCGAUUUAUAAAAUGUGCUGAAGUGGAUGUUUUUAAGGACAAUAUGGGAAAUGUUCGCGUCUGGAUGAGAAUUUUGCUUUUUGAUAUCUGACUGAGACUUCAGCUAUGGAUUUUGAGUCCAGGAUAGCAGAUAUGUAGAACGACGGACUGCCGAUUCAAAGACUAAAACACUAGAGAUGAACCUACAAACAAAUCUUACCCAUGAAGGAAGAGUCAUCACAUGCCUGUAGAGAAUCUUGAACGCUUACAUUUUGUCUUCAGUAUUUUCUAAACUCAGGUUAAUCUUUUAGUGCACGCGGUUGUAGUUUAUUUUAUUGCCUAAAGACUGACACUGGUCGCACUGACCAAAGACUGCUUAUUGCUACCAUGUCGGCGGUGAUGAUAGCACGGAAGGUUACGCGAAAAUGGGAGAAAUUGCCUGGGAAAAACACGUUCUGCUGCGAUGGACGGAUUAUGAUGGCUCGACAGAAAGGAGUAUUUUACCUGACCUUAUUUCUCAUCAUUGGGACCUGCUCUCUUUUCUUCGCCUUUGAGUGCCCGUACCUGGCAGUGCACCUGUCUCCUGCCAUCCCUGUGUUUGCAGUACUGCUUUUUGCCUUUGUGAUGGCCAUGCUGCUGAGAACCAGCUUCAGUGACCCAGGGGUGCUGCCACGGGCGCUGCCGGAGGAGGCCAGUUUCAUCGAGAUGGAAAUUGAAGCGGCCAAUGGAAACGUCCCGGCCGGCCAGCGUCCUCCUCCACGCAUCAAGAACGUGCAAAUUAACAAUCAGAUAGUCAAGCUGAAGUACUGCUACACCUGCAAGAUCUUCAGACCCCCUCGUGCUUCCCACUGCAGCAUCUGUGACAACUGUGUGGAUCGCUUUGACCAUCACUGCCCCUGGGUGGGAAACUGUGUGGGAAAGAGGAAUUACAGAUAUUUCUACCUGUUCACACUCUCCCUGUCUCUGCUCACCAUUUAUAUCUUCGCCUUUGACAUCGUCCAUGUGGUUCUGCGUUCUGUGGACUCAGGAUUUGUAAAUACUCUUAAAGAAACACCUGGAACUGUGUUGGAGGUUCUGGUCUGUUUCUUUACCCUCUGGUCUGUGGUAGGAUUGACUGGUUUCCACACCUACUUGAUCUCCCUCAACCAAACCACAAAUGAGGAUAUCAAAGGCUCAUGGUCGGGAAAGAACCGAAUCCAGAACCCAUACAGUCACAAGAACUUCAUCAAGAACUGCUGUGAGGUUCUAUGUGGACCAGCUUACCCCAGUGUGCUGGACAGAAGAGGUGUGAUGCUUGAAGACACAUCUAGCCCCGCCCCCUCUGAUGCAUCUGCUCCUCCUACCACCAAAAUCAGCAACCCUGCACCACAAACUACAGUAAGACAGCAAUUAUUCAAAAAACCCACAGCUCCUCUGAUUCCCAAUGAGCAUACGCCUGAUGACGCCAAACCUAGCAUUGCUGCAGGCACCCAGAAAACCAACUCCCCUAAAGAGGAGAAACCUCCGUCGUUCAGUGUCCCGCACACAUCGUCCUCCAACGCCGUCGCCCCUGCGGUCAUCAAAGAGUCCGCCCACUAGCUUCGGCAGCAGACUUCUGUCAAAUCUCUACAUGAAGGAACACACAGAAAAACUUAAUGGACCACUGAUGUGAAGGACAGAUGCAUAUAGACGAGCUGAUCUACUCUCAUGCAAAGAUGAACUUCUUUUCCUACGUAGAUUCUGCUCAAAACUCUCAAAUCUGGAAGUCUUGAUUCUGUCCUCUGUACAGUAAAUCACAGCAUGAUAAAACUUACGAGAGCCAUAGACUGAGAAUGGACUGCCCAGAUGCCGAAUAAGAAAACGAAUUUGCUCGAUGAGCUCAUGAAAUGUUGUUUUCCAGUGUCAUUACCUGUAUCUGAAUAGCCUGCUUCCUUUAUUCCUACUUGGUAUUUGUGUACCUUCCUAAAUGAACAAUUUAAGCUUCUGUAGUAGUUGGUGCAAAGGCCCUUUGUGUUUCCAGAGAGUUAAAGAAAAGUGCUUUAGCCAUAGCUUUUUGAAAUGACAUUAGGACCAAUAAAACUGCUUUCAUCUGAUGAUAGAUUGUGCGGACCCGCUCACAGUCGUGUGGAUGUUAGGCUGUGCUUGUAUUUUUGUGUUUAUCCUCCUGUGUGUGUGUGUGUGUGUGUGAGAGAGAGAGAGUACAGGCCGAGCUGCUGUUGACAGACAUCAGUAUGAGUGCCUUAUCUAUGCUCUCCUAUUACAUACAACCAAUGCCAUCUUCAGACGAACCCUUAGAUGUCUUAAUAUUACUCACACCUGCACAUGCAAGUUAAUCAAAGUGAAUUUUAUACAAUAUUAAUAUCAGAAAGCAAAAAAGCAUCGGGUAAAUGUACAUAUUGUAAAAACUGAAAAAGCUGCAAAUUCCAUGUAGGUGGAAUUUUUUUUUGAUUUAUUAUCAAUUAUUUUAUUAUUAUUAUUAUUAUUUAUAACUUUGCUGUCCCCUUCAUACCCGAAUGUCUCUGACAUUCCAGGAUCAUACAGUACUAAUGCCCGAGUUUGUUUUCUGUAGUCACUACCUAAGAAAAAUUUAUCCUUUAUUUAUUUCUAUCGACUGUCAGCAGCCGAGGAUGUAUCUGAUCACGGCAUUAUAAAUGACUUUACAUUUGAAAGGUACCCCACAUGUUGUUGUUGUUGUUGAGUGCAGACCUGGGAAUUGAUGGCAUUUUAGCAUGUUUUUGAAUUAAAUUAUGCUUGUAUGUUUUUCUUUACCACAUUGUUAUCACUAUUAAAAGUGGGACAACUUGCCCCAGAGUGUGUA